AUGGUUGUGGAGUAUGUGGAGAGAGGAAGUCUCGAUCGAUUAAUCUACAAUUUGAAACAUGGAUUUGAAAAGAUGACUCUAUUUCAGAAAAUUGAUAUUUUGUUUGGAGUUGCAAAAGGAAUGAAUUAUUUACAUACACUGAAACCAAAGGGAAUUAUUCAUAGAGAUUUGAAACCUGGAAAUAUUUUGAUUGACAAUCAUUUCACAGCAAAGAUUUGUGAUUUUGGUUUAAGUAAGGCAUUGACAGAUUCCAAUUCAGCAACCACGAAUAUUGGAACAUUGUCCUAUAUGGCUAAUGAAAUGAUUGAAGGAAAUUCCAACUACAAUCACAAGGUAGACGUCUAUAGUUUUGCAAUCAUCAUGUGGGAAUUAUUCUUUGAAGAGACUCCAUAUCUGAACUCGGCCUGUGAAAAGCUUUACAAAUUUAUUGAACAAGGUGACGAUGUUUCGAGGUUUAAUGUCAUUGUAAAAGUAUUGAAAGGUGAGAGACCAGUGAUACCUUUUCGAAACCAUGAAGAAAUGAGAGAAUGGAUUUCCGUGUAUUUGAUAGACCAAACCAACACAUUACAAACAUCGUUGGAUAUUUUGUGUGACGUGACACAAGAAUUCGUUUCAAUCAUGACAUCUUGUUGGAAUGCCAAUUAUUCAGAAAGGCCUGAAUUUAGUGAAGUGUGUUUGAGACUUUCAAAAUUAUUAGAGUACUCAAAAUAG